AUGUCAGGCACGAGACGCGGCGAACGAGAAGACAGGUCUCUGCGGCGGGAAGCCUCUCGUCGCCCCGGCUCGUCUGCCCCCUCGCACGCAGCUUCGGCGGCCACAGCGACACCGGCAGCGGGUGAAACGCGCAGGAGCACGCGCAGGAACAAGUCGGAUUCACCCAACAACGAUGCGCAGCGCCCUAGCGAGCUGCUAGACGACGUUGACUCGGACGCCUCUGCUCCUACGCCCGCCUCGUCCACUUUCUCCGCGCCUUCCACCAUGUCGCGUUCUGGUCAAAAUAUUUCUCUCCACGCCCUCACACCCUUGACCAGCUCAGACUCGUCUCCGCCGGGCAAGCUGCCCAGUCCACGCUCUUCCAAGCUCUCGCAUGAGACGAUGCACAAAACCUCGUCCUCUACACACGCGGCGCCAUCGAGCGCGCCCAACAAUGUCGCCGAUACCAUCACCCCCAUAAACACGCCGCCCGAGACGCGCAUCUCCGUCUUCCCAGCCGACGGCGUGCUGGGACAACGCUCCACCUACGACGCACAGCUUGACCCCAAACUCGAUAAGAAGGCGCGAGGAAGGGGAACGGCGAAAUACACCACAAUACUGGACAAGGGCGACCCAUCUCCUCCUCCCGACCCACGCCUGGCCAUUGCCGGCUACACCACUGGCAACUAUGUCAUCAAGACAUCCUUCACGGGCGCUCCCAAAUCAAAGCUCCGAGUAGCGCCAUACGUCGCUAAGCCCUACUCUUUUGAUCAACGCAUAUCAUGCGGACCAGGGCCUGCAACCCAAGUCGUUGUGACGGGCUUCGAUCCCUUGACACCAGAUGCGCAAUUGCGUGGUUUCUUCUCCACUUAUGGCCAAGUAGAGACGCUCCGCAACCAAGUACAUCCCGAUAACGGCAGCCCACUUGGGAUAUGUCUGGUCAAGUUUCGCGACACCCCACCAACGCGCGGAGUACCUGGCAUCAAAGCAACCACCUCAGCAAAGCGAGCUGAGCGCGAAGGCACAAAUCAGCGCAUUGCGCAGCACACGAUCAGGGUGAAAUCUGAUCGCGAGGGCCGGAGAUGCCAGAAACUCAUGGAUAUGGCGGUGCAGCAGACCCGGAAAGAGGAGGAGAAACAGCGUGCCAAGCUCGCAGCGAAGACUGCGAGCGUUGCGGCACCAGCUACACCGGGAGCCUUUGAUCUGCCGGCAAACGUUCCCAAAGGCCCAUCUGGCAAGGGCGCGCGUCCGCCAAUCCCGAUCCCCCGAGAACCCUUGACAAGGAAAGCCGCACUCUCCUUCCUGAUCGAACGCGAACCGGUCAAGCCUACGCUGAAACGGAAGCCUUAUAUCUUCAUCGCACACGCAUACGUACCCGUCCUCAGCACAACCGUCGAACAUCUCAAGAAGCGGUUAAAGAACUUUCGGUGGGCUUCGGUGCGAUGCGACCAGACGGGUUACUAUGUGACUUUCGAAGAGUCGAAGCGUGGUGAAGACGAGGCCGUUCGAUGUUACAAGGAAUGUCACAUGCAGGCUCUAUUCACCUACGUUAUGAACAUGGAGUGCAACCAAUACGGCGACCCGAACUAUGAGCGGAGUCCCAGCCCAGAGCGCGUGGUAGCCGACAAGAAGCGGAAGGCCAUCGAAGAGCGGAUAGAACAUGAAGAGGCGGAAGAUCUUGAGUGGGAAAAGAAGCAGCGGGCAGACUCGCUGGAUCCUGUACGAGCCGCUUUGGACGUGCUCAAACAGGAGCUCCAAGAGAAGCUUCUUGGUGACAUUAAGACGAAAUUGGCCGCGCCCACUAUACUGGAACUCCUGGAACCGGAUCUUCAUGUGGAAAAGCGUCGCAAGUUCAAUGUUCCGGCUCCGCCUACGAAGGAAGAAGUUGUUCGACCACCCGCACUUCUCGCCCCAGGAUUCGACGCCUUUGGAGCUGGUACACCAAAGGGCCGCAAUGGUGGUUUUGGUGGCCGCAACGCACGCAGGUCGCUGGGUGUAUUUGAUCCCAGCACCAGGCGUGGUAAGAAACCUCCGAAGGUUGUCAAUGCAUUUGCGGACGAACGAAGGAAGGCAUCUGCGCCUAAACCCCGUGUUGCCCGUGGGCUGCAUCGCCAGAUGAUUGAGAUGUUCGAGCCGGAGGAGUCGGACGAUGAGAGUCGCAGCCAGCUCACUCGCGGUACUGAGGAGCAAGAGAGCCGACCCAUCAGCCGUGCUCCUUCCACCGACGUUGAAGAGGAGGUGGAAGAGUCAUCGAGAGCCCACCGCGCUAAACGGCGCCGUAUCGAAACGGGCUGGGGCGAAGACAGUGACGAGGAGAUGGACGACUCGCAUGCCAGGAGUUUGCUUGCCCAUUGCAUUCACAAGGAUCCAGAGAACAUGGCCGAGAAAGAGCUGGAACAAGUACUCGCAAUUCUUCCUCGUUCGUCGCCUAUUUGGAAGAAGGCAGACAAAGCACUCAAAGGGUUCAGGAGGUUACGGAAAAUUGAGCAAGAGGCUGAUGCAAUCUUUGGGGUGGAAGCAAGCCCGAUUGACAAACUUGAACCUGAAGUCGUCAUCACCCAUGAUGAUGAAGCACUCAAGCCCAUCGAGACUACUGAACUGCCAGAGACGCUCACGACACUCAAGAAGAAAGCUGCCACCAAGCCCAAGAAGAAGACCAAGAAGCAGCUCGAAGAGGAGGCCAAGGCUGCUAAGGUCGAGGUCACGGAGAUCGAGACGCCUGCGGAAGAGGAGAUAGCUGAAGCGAAAGAAGUCAAGGAGGUCAUCGAGGAGGUCGUGGUUGAGGAGUCGACGCCGGAAGACGACGAGCGGGCCUCUUCUGUGUUCUGGGGCGUGUCCUCGGUUGAGCCUCGUAAGACUGUUGAGGAUGACCUUAGUGUUGUAAUGGACAUUGACGGUUGGCAACACAUGCUCAAAGACGACGAAGAUCUACGUCACCUCAAGGCUGCCAUGGAGUCCAUCAGUGCAGCCAAGAUUGGCGAUGCACAAUCCUGGGCAUGGAAACAGAAGUCUAUUAAGCAUCUUAACCGCAACGGCGAGGAGGGUGUCUCGCGUACGGAAACCAAGAUCGAAGGGUACUACGUUCCCAACGCGACUGGCUCGGCUCGUACGGAGGGUGUCAAGAAGAUUCGCGAGUCUGAAAAGUCAAAAUACCUCCCUCAUCGUAUCCGCGUCCAGAAGGAGCGCGAAGAGCGCCAGCGCCGCGCCAAGCAAGAAGAGCGAAGCGUCGUCUCUGUUGAAGGCUUCAAGUUCCAGACCAGCUCCAACAAGACAUCCACCGCCAAUUCGCGUGCCAACCGCGCCAACAACCGUCGCAUGGUCAACGAUAUCAACAUAUCCAAGAACAUGUCCGGGGCAGAAGGCGAUGCCCUCCGUUUCAACCAGCUGAAGAAGCGCAAGAAGCUAGUCAAGUUCGACCGUUCCGCCAUCCAUAACUGGGGUCUUUACGCCCAAGAGCCCAUCGCCGUCAACGACAUGAUCAUCGAGUACGUGGGUGAAAAGGUUCGACAACGCGUUGCCGAUCUCAGGGAAGCCAAAUACGACAUGCAAGGUGUUGGAUCGAGUUACCUAUUCCGCAUUGACGAAGACACGGUCAUCGACGCAACCAAGAUGGGAGGCAUUGCAAGAUUCAUCAAUCAUUCUUGUACGCCAAACUGCACGGCCAAGAUUAUUCGCGUCGACAACACGAAGCGUAUUGUCAUCUACGCGCUGCGGGAUAUCAACUCUGAUGAGGAACUCACGUACGACUACAAAUUCGAGCGUGAAAUGGACGCUACGGACCGUAUUCCCUGUCUCUGUGGUUCUAUCGGCUGCAAGGGCUUCCUCAACUAG